AUGGCUGGCCCUUCCACCAGAUCCUCCACGCGCGCAGUUGCGACGGCAACUGCGUCAUCCUCUGACUCUCCACGCGCGGGCGACAAGCACAAGCGGUCAGCGGAAGCUGCUGCUGGUGAGGAUGAGGUCGAUCAGGCUGGGCCUGUGGCGGCCGGAGAUGACGACGGUGACGUCGGAGAUGGCGAGGGAUCUGACGGAGGACAGGAGCAGGAGGAAGCGGAGGAGGACCUGGAAGCGGAGGAGACAGCAGAGACUGUCCACGCUGAAGCAGAGUCGCUCAUCAGCACCUUCCUUCCUGCUGCACUCACCAGUCACGACUUGCUGAGUGUCGCAUCAGUCUUCACCAAUCAGGAGAUGGUGGCGGAGCUGCUGAGUCAAGCCUAUGCUGCUGAGGCCACCAGCGACAAGGACAGAGAGGCCGUGAAGAAAGAGCUCGAGGCCAAGAGGGCGGAGUUUGGUACGGCAGCCAGGAGGAAUCGGUACGCCUCUCUGAAGCGUGAGGAGACCAAGAGGGCUAGGAAGGCUGCGGAGCAGGACAGUACUCUGCAGGCCCCAGGGGCGCCGAAGAAGCGUCCCGACAGACAAGGCAAAAAGGUGGCGACAAACACGACUCAGGAUGCGAGCCUCUCGAAGAAGCAAGGCAAGCAGCCAGUGAGACAGCCAGCUCCUCAGACAGCAGAGAAUCAAGCUGCUCCUCGAGAUCAGGACACCACCACACAGCAAGCUCCUCAGUCCGCUCUUCAGGCAGCUGCCAACCGACUCACGACUCAAGGCCAGGAAGCAGUCGACCAGCAAGCCCCGGAGGCGAGCGCCACCCAAAACACUCCGCUACAGAUCCGAGAGGCUACCUGGAAGGACCUCCGCGACUACACUGCCGAGGAGAUGAGGGAUCUUCGGGAAGAAGCAGGUCUCGAGUCGCUCGAGUCGAUUGAGGCGAGGAACAAGGCCAAGAAGGAGGCCGACCGGAAGGCGUACGACAGGCCGGAGUCGGAGGCUUUCCGCGCACUCAUGUAUCGCGAGGACGGAUCGAGUCGGUCCGUCACUUCGGAUGAUGAGGAGUGA